CAUACGAAUGUUCACAUGUGCAACAAGCGAGAGGCAGAGGUGGAUGUUGAUGACGAGGUCGGGGCAGAUGGCUUCUCUGGAGACAACUCGGUUGGUGCUGAGGGUGGGGCUGCAGAGGAUGGGGAGGGGGAGGAGGAGGAGGAGGAGGAGGAGGAGGAGGAGGAGGAGGAGGAGGAGGAGGAGGAGGAGGAGGAGGAGGAGGAGGAGGAGGAGGAGGAGGAGUAGGAGGAGGAGGAGGAGGAGGAGGAGGAGGAUGAGGAGGAUGAGGAGGAAGGGGAGGAGGGGGAGGAGGAGUAGGAGUAGACUAGGAGUAAUGUUCGAUAAGCAAUGCUAGCCUGAAACUGUUGCAUAUCCUAGGUU